UUCUUGUUGUAUAGAAUUAAAACUAUAAAAAUGACACGGCUGUUACUUUCAUUCAUUAAGUCAUCAUCCAAAAAUAAUUAGAAAUUUUAAUUCACAACACAACAAAGCCUAGAUGGGAUUAUUUGUGCGCUAAGAUGGGUUAUUGUCAAACCCUACAAAAGGGACUAUUGGAUGAGAAGAAAUAGUGAAAUUUUAAGGAGAGAGAAAGAGAGAUGAAGAAAAUAGUGGUAGUAGUUGAGGAAGUGGAAGCAGCUAGAACUGCUCUUCAGUGGGCUCUUCAUAACUUGCUCAGCUAUGGUGAUCUGAUCAUUCUACUUCAUGUCUUCCCAGUUACAAAACCAUCAUCAUCAGUAAACAAGAAGCAGAAUAAUCACAACAGCAUCACCAAUAACAGAAAACGGGCUUUGAGAUUGAAAGGAUUUGAAUUAGCCCUUUCUUUCAAAGGCCUUUGUGAUAGUUUCCUUAAUGCAAAAGUUCAGAUCAUCGUCAAAGAAGGUGAUCAAGAUGGGAUUACAAUCGCAGCGAUGGUGCGUGAAAUCGAUGCUUCCGCUUUGGUUGCAGGACUCCAUGAUGAAAGCUUUCUUUACAAGAUGGCCAUGGCUAACACCAUCAUAAAUUGCAGAAUCCUCGCCAUUAAAGAACCAACUGUUACAAAGACAAACACUACGUCGAUAUUACGGAAUAAUUCUACAAAUUUUGAUUUUUCGCAAAUCGAAAUUACUAGAUUAAGUGUUUCUCCAAUUCGUCCGCCAAAAAUUCCGUAUCAAAUUUUACCAAGCCCUUUUAGGAUCAUAUGGAGAUCAAAGAGAUGAAGAGGGAGACAAAAUGCCGUAUAAGAAAAAGUCAAACAAUUUUGUCCAUUGGAUUUGUUCAUAAUGGUACUACCUGUCAGCUUUCACAAUUCACACUGCAAGGAAAGACGACGAGGCACACAAGUUCCAUGUUCGAUGACAAGGUCCACUAAGGUAUUUGUGUAAAUUUGUCAUGUUCGAUGAGAAGGCUCACUAAUGUAUUUGUGUAAAUUUGUGAAACGGUGCAUAAAUUAACAAGAAAAAAAAUAUGAAAAGAGGCAAUUUCCUUGGGUGAUUUUUGGGACGACCGAGCAAGGAAGGACCUUUAUAUGACCAUUUUUUUUUUUUUUUGUAAAUUGUAAGUCAUCAAUUGACACAAAAAUAUUGGAUUUGGUGUCCCAAAUCAUUUUCAAUCAACAAUGAAAUGUCAAAAGAGU